AUUCAGUUGUUAGUUUUCUGUUGUUCACGAAACAGAUAAAAACCUUCUCCCGUUAUCUCUUUCCCUCCCGCCUUUUAAUUGUCAACACUGCCUCACGCUUUUAUAGUGAAAUGUCUUCAAAAUACGCUGAUGUUCCGAUUAGCGGACCCGUGGAAGUUUUUGCUGUUAGCGCUGCUUACAGAGCAGACCCUGACCCCAACAAAGUUAACCUCAGUGUCGGUGCUUACCGCACAAAUGAGGGAAAACCAUGGGUACUUCCAGUUGUUCACAAAGUAGAACUACAGAUUGCUUCUGAUCCUACCUUGAAUCAUGAAUACUUACCUAUAUUAGGUUUCCCUGACUUUCGAUCUUCUGCCAUCCGGUUGCUACUUGGAGAAGGAAAUCCUGCAAUUGUUGAAAACAGAGUUGUUGGAGUGCAGUCUCUAGGAGGUACUGGUGCCAUACGUCUUUCUGCUGAUUUUUAUCGCACCAUCAAUAAAGCUGACACAGUCUAUGUCUCAAGUCCAACAUGGGGAAACCACAAGGGUGUCUACAUGGCUGCUGGCUUUACCAACGUCAAAGAGUACCGAUAUUGGGAUGCUCAAACCAGAAGCUUAGAUAUUAAUGGCAUGGUUGAAGAUCUUAGUGCUGCAAAAGAAAAUUCCGUGGUAAUCUUACAUGCUGUUGCACAUAACCCCACUGGUGUCGAUCCAACACAUGAUCAAUGGAAACAAAUUGCGGAUGUGUGUGAAGAACGCAAAGUUUUAGUUCUGAUGGACAUUGCUUAUCAAGGCUUUGCCACAGGAGACUUAGUUGCUGAUGCCUGGGCUCCACGAUAUUUUGCUUCCAGAGGAUUUGAAUUCCUUACAGCCCAGUCUUUCUCUAAGAAUUUUGGUUUAUAUAGUAAGUAACUGGUAAACAUUCUG